AUGACAAGCCCAGGGAACCUCAGCAACAGAAUGUUUCACUCGCAACAGAAUGUUUCACUCCCUGGUACAAGCUUUAAAGGUGGAGAAGUCCAAGUUGAAAAUGAAGACCCUGAGACCAAGACCAAUAUGAAAGUUAUGACCGCCAGAGCUCUUUGUAACCUCCUCAAGGGCAAUCCUUCUAUAUGCCGCACCAUCAUUGACUCAGGAGCUCUAAUGUCUUUUAUAGUUCUCUUAGACAAAGGAAAUAAGGGUGUUCAAUACCUUUCAGCGACCGCAUUGAUGGAGAUCACUGCCAUAGUAGAGGAAGAUAGUGAUGUAAGAAGAACCACAUUCAGACACAGUUCACCUAUUUGCAAAAUUCUUGUUGAUCAACUCAUGAAAAUUCUUCAAAGAGAAAAUCAAGAUUUAGACCUUCUAAUCCCAUGCAUCAAGAGUAUUGGGAAUUUGGCAAAGAUAUUUCGAGUUGCUGAAGCAAGGAUAAUCGCUCCAUUGGUUAAUCUUCUGGAUGAUAUUACAGAUGUUGAGGUUCUAAAGGAGGCCUUAAUCACCCUUGCGAAGUUUGCCUGCAAAGAAAACAAUCUCCGUCAUGAUCAUUCCAAGAAAAUUAUAAAAGCUGGAGGAGCAAAGAACCUAAUUUCGCUCAUCUUUUUCAAAGACCAAAUUGUUCAAUACUCAGCAUUGCUUCUAUUAUGCUACAUUACUUUGCACGUCCCGAACAGCGAAGAGCUUGUGCAGUACGAAGUGCUCAAAGUGCUAGAAUGGGCUUCAAAGCAAUCCUUUGUUACUCAAGAUGAAACAUUUGACUCAUUGCUACCAGAGGCCAAAGCUAAAUUAGAGCAUGACGUUGAAUUCACAAUGUUUAGGUUGCUGCCCAAACAAUUAAAGAAUAUGGAAGCAGCAUCUGUGAUUCUUGAAAAACUAGCAGAUGAACUUACUGAAGCGAUCAAAAAUCAAGCUCAAUAUGCAAUUGACUUCAAAUGUGACCUCGAGAACUUGAAGGACAAGCUUAAAAUUGUCAAUGGUUUCUUUGCUGAUAUGGAUAAGCUCAAGGAACAGAAACAAGUUCUCAAGGAAGCUUGGUCUCAGUUGAGAGAUUUGGCUUAUGAUGCUGAUGACAUUUUAACAGAUUGCAUGAUCAGAGAGGAAUAUAAGAAAGAUGGACACGGCUUCUCGCUAAAUGAUCCAAUUUUCGCUUAUAAAAUGGGAAGAAAGUUGAAAGAUUUAAAUUCACGUUUGCAAAACGUAGAGGAUAGCAUGAACAAGUAUCUCAUUAGUCAAUCACAACAAUUGAACAAGAACGAAGUACGGAUGGAUAAGGGAUUAUUUAUUUCUCAGCACCUCACCUUAUCUGACUCAUUAGUUGGAUUGGAAGAAGACAUAAGAAAGCUCAAGAAAUGGAUUCUCUCCGAGAAUAGGCCACCACUGCAAUUUGUUGGCAUUGUCGGGAUGGGAGGUUCAGGCAAAACUACUCUUGCUUGGGAAAUUUACAAUGACAAGGAAGUAAUUGAUAAAUUUAAGCAAAACAGAAUCUGGGUGACUGUUUCUCAAGAUUGCGAUGAAGAAAGCAUUAUAAACAGCAUAUUGGAAGAACUGAAAAAACAGCAGCAGGAGGUGACACAAGGAGGUGAUGAUCAUGAAAGUUUCUGCCUUGUCAUUUUAGACGAUAUAUGGAAUGUUUUCAAUCUAUCUCAUUGGCAGGAUUUAUGCUUUAGUCUUGAUAGAAAACAAGGUCAAAAUACCUGCAUCAUUAUCACAACUAGAAAUGAAGAAGUUGCAAUCGGUAUGCGAGUAAACAGUUCUCGAAUCCAUUAUCCAAAAGCUUUAGAAGAUGAAAAAUGCUGGUUAUUGUUUCAGAAGGUUGCAUUUUCUCCCAGUGACGAUAUCUGUAAAGAUGAGAAUAUCAUCCAAGUUGGAAAAAAGAUAGUGAAGAAAUGCGGAGGACUUCCUCUAGCAAUCAAAACCAUAGCAGCCUUAUUGAAAUCAAAACGCCAGCUUAAAGAGUGGGAAAAAGUUCAUGAUGAGUUCCAGAAAUUAACUCAAGAGAAGGUCCCAGUAAUGGCGUGUUUGCAACUAAGUUAUGAUGCACUCCCGCGACACCUGAAGCAAUUUCUCUUGAGUUUUUCUAUUUAUCCUAAAGAUUUUGAGAUUCGAGCUGAACAAUUGGUCCACUGGUGGAUUGGCGAAGGCCUUGUCAAGAGCCGGGAUUCAAAAACUGCAAUGGAUUUGGGGUAUGAAUAUUUAGCAGACUUAGCUGGGAGAUGCUUGGUUGAAGUAGUACGGAGGCGUGGUUAUGAUGGAAAAGUCCACAGUUGUAAAAUGCAUGAUCUUGUGCGUGAUUUAACCAUUAAAACUGCAGGAGAAGAAGCACUUUGCAGUUUCGAAAGUGGAGGCAAGCAACGACAAUUAAUAAUGCAAGAUUCACUUUGGUUGGGUAUCACAGAUGAAAAUAUUUCAAUAUCAUCAUUGAGUCAAUGUUCAAAAUUAAGGGCAAUUCUAUCGAUGUCUAGCUUAAGCAUUUCAUCAAACAUGCCAAUCUCCCUGAGUUCCCUUAGAGUUUUGGAUCUCUCCAAUGGCAAGCUAGAUGACAAAUCUGUGGAGAAUCUGUUCAAAUGGAUCAUUUUACUCAAACGCUUGGCACAUCUCAAUCUAAGCGGGGCUCCUGGUCUCAAAAAUGUUCCCCGCAUUCGGAAACUCCGAAACCUUCAGCUUUUGGUUUUGAGUGGAUGCAGUAAUUUAGUAAAAUCUAAAUGAUUCAUCCAUCAUUUAUUUGAAGAAGCUCUUGAUUUUGGACUUGGGAUCCUGUGAUAGUCUUAUGUUCUUACCGCAAGGAAUCGGAAGGCUAACAAAACUUGAAGAAUUGUCUGGAUUCAAGUUGCAUCGACGAGAAAAUUCACAAAGUUGUGG